ACACCGCGGCCUUGUGCUGUUUCACCAAUCGAAUCGAAGACAAGUACCGUUUUCCCCUUGCCUCCGUCUCCAUAUUUUCCCAAUUUUUAGAGUUAGGUUAGAUCCACCGAUCCUAAACCCUAAACAAAAAAUUAAUCCAUGUCGAAAAUCUCAGCAAUUUUCACUUGCGUCACAAUUUUCUUAUUGAGUAGUCUCUGCUUCCCGAUCGCGGUAUCGGAAACUGGCGCUGGAAUAUUGAUUCAAGAAGUAACAAGAGAGGAUGGUAAAGGUGAUGUAUGCGCAGGAUUAAAAGCACCCGCUUCAUGUCCGGUCAAUUGUUUCCGUGCGGACCCCGUGUGUGGCGUCGAUGGCGUUACUUAUUGGUGUGGGUGCGCUGACGCCUUGUGCAGUGGCGCUCGUGUUGAUAAAUUAGGGGCUUGUGAGGUUGGGAGUGGAGGGAGCUCUUCUCUUCCUGGUCAGGCACUUCUUUUGAUUCAUAUUGUCUGGCUUAUCUUGCUUGGGUUUUCUCUCUUGUUUGGGUUUUUUUAAUCUGACAGAUUUACGAUUUGACUUUGAUUCUAUGAUUAUUUUCCCUGUAUGUAUUAUCCGUGUUGUUGUGCUGGGGUUGAGAUGAUUAGGGUUUGUGCGAGAUUUUUUGUUCGUGUAAAAAUAUUCAUUUGAGUUAAUAUCAUACUUGUUUCAUUCUUUUUUACGGAUAUUAUUUCUAUGGUUCUAUGUGACUUGAUCAUCUUGGUGCAUCUGGCAUUGUAUUCGAGGAACAGAAACCUCUCUCCUUUUUUUUUUAAAACACAAGUUUCAUUGUAAUUUACGUUUUGGAUGGUCUCUUUCGUUCUUUCCAGAGGUUGUCUUCUGUUAGUAUGUAAGAAUCCUUCCUGUUAGCAUGUAAGAACCUAUUUUAUU